AUGAGUAAACAGAGCAAAGUCAGCAGCAGUGGAUCAUUCCGAUCGAUUUUCAUGCAUGCCGACGCUGCCGACAUGUUUCUGAUGGCUCUUGGUUUCUUAGGUGCCGUCGGCGAUGGAAUUGUGGUGCCGACGACGCUUUAUAUCACCAGCACCAUCAUGAACAACAUUGGCGACUCCCCUUCUUUUUCCCCGAAUGUCUUAACUGACGAAAUCAACAUGAAUGCAGUAUAUCUUUGUUUCAUGGCUAUCGGAAAAUGGAUAGCAUGUUUUCUUGAGGGGUAUUGCUGUGCAAGAACAGUAGAGAGGCAACCAUCAAAGUUGAGGUCGGAUUAUUUGAAAGCGGUUUUAAGGCAAGAAGUGGCUUAUUUCGAUUUGAAUGUUACAAGCACAGCAGAGAUUAUUACAAGUGUUUCCAGUGAUAGUCUCAUCAUUCAAGAAGUCAUUAGCCAAAAGGUGCCAAUGUUUGUGAUGUAUGUGUCGCUUUUUUCUGGGGCAUAUGUUGUGUCUUUUAUGAUGCUAUGGAGGCUAGCGAUUGUUGCGCUUCCAUUUGUUAUUGUUUUCUUUAUACCUGGUUUGAUUUAUGGGAGGGUUCUGAUGAGGUUAUCAAGAAAGAUCAGGGAGGAGUAUAAUAAGGCUGGUGUGGUGGCAGAACAGGCGAUUUCUUCCGUGAGGACUGUUUAUUCUUUUGUGGGUGAAAAUAAGACGAUAACAGAGUACUCUGAUGCUCUUGAAGGAAGUGUGAAGUUGGGAUUAAAGCAGGGUUUGGCUAAAGGAAUAGCGAUUGGCAGCAAUGGUGUGUAUGCAAUCUGGUCUUUCUUGUGUUGGUAUGGUAGUAGGAUGGUAAUGUAUCAUGGAGCAAGAGGAGGAACUGUGUUUGCUGUUGGAGCUCUCAUUACUCUUGGUGGAAUAUCAUUAGGUUCUGGAUUAUCGGACUUGAGGUACUUCACGGAUGCAAUGGCUGCCAGUGAGCGUAUAAGAGAAGUGAUCAAAAGAGUUCCGGAAAUUGAUUCAGACAACAUGGAAGGGGAGAUAUUACAACAAGUCUCCGGAGAAGUUGAAUUCAAGAACGUAAAGUUUGCGUACCCAUCAAGGCCGGAAUCAAUGAUAUUCAAAGACUUCAACUUAAAAGUUCCAGCAGGGAAGACGGUGGCGUUGGUAGGUGGGAGUGGAUCUGGUAAAUCGACUGUGAUUGCAUUGUUGCAGAGGUUUUAUGAUCCUCAAGGAGGAGAGAUUUGUGUAGAUGGGGUGAGAAUUGACAAGCUUCAACUAAAAUGGCUAAGAUCACAAAUGGGGUUGGAGCCUGCUUUAUUUGCGACAUCCAUUAAAGAGAACAUACUUUUUGGCAAGGAAGAUGCCACCAUGGAAGAAGUCAUUGAAGCCUCCAAAGCUGCAAAUGCUCAUAACUUCGUCUCUCAGUUGCCUCAUACCUAUGACACCCAGGUGGGUGAAAGAGGAGUUCAGAUGUCGGGUGGGCAAAAGCAAAGAAUUGCAAUUGCCCGUGCAAUAAUCAAGUCGCCCCGUAUCCUUCUGUUGGACGAGGCCACAAGCGCACUCGACUCAGAAUCAGAACGAAUUGUUCACGACGCUCUUGACCGUGUUUCCGUUAGUCGAACAACCAUCGUCAUAGCUCAUCGCCUUUCCACAAUCAGAAACGCAGAUGUUAUAGUAGUGGUCCAAAAUGGUCAGGUAGUCGAAUCUGGCUCCCAUGAUCACCUCAUUCAACUUGAAAACGGUUUCUACAAAUCCCUAAUUCGUCUCCAAGAAACCAAACAAAAUGAUGAACCCCAUAAUCCUUGUCCACCUGGACCUUCAUCGGUCUCUUCAACAUACGAUGUCCAUAAAACCAACGACAUGGUUAGCCUUUUGAGUUCUGCAAACUCAGCCAACCACUGUGGAGUAGACAACUUAAGCUCACAGGUUAAUAAGGUAUUUCCAGUGCCAUCCUUCAAGAGACUUUUUGCAAUGAACAUGCCUGAAUUUAGGCAAGCGCUGUGUGGAAGCAUGGCUGCGAUUCUAUUUGGUGCAGUUCAGCCAGUUUAUUCUUUCGGAUUGGGGUCGCUCAUGAUGAGAUGA